AUGCGCGCACCAUUUAUUGUCAUAGAGGGCCUCGAUAGGUCAGGGAAGACAACCCAAACGUCACUCCUUCAUACACGUCUUGAGGCCGAAGGAAUUCAGGCAAAGUUGAUGAAAUUUCCUGAUAGGACAACAGUCAUUGGCCAAAUGAUUGAUUCAUACCUUCGUUCAGACUCAGAGCUGGACGACCAUGUAAUUCAUCUCCUCUUUUCCGCUAACCGAUGGGAGCUCGCAUCAUACAUAACCCAGCUCUUAGAAGCAGGGACACCUAUCAUUUGUGACCGAUACGCCUUCUCCGGAAUCGCGUUUUCUGCAUCCAAGGGAAUUCCAUCCUCGACCCCAUCCCCGAAACUUCCCUACGAAUGGUGCCGAUCCCCAGAUAUAGGUCUCCCAGCGCCAGAUCUGGUCCUUUUCCUUGAUAUUGCACCUGAACGAGCAAAGCUGCGUGGCGGAUACGGGGAGGAGCGGUACGAGAAAGAGGAACUGCAGGCGCGGGUGAGGGGCAUUUUCCAAAGGUUGGGAUCAGAGAUGCAGAACGAGACUCAGAGACCUGUAAGGCCGAACUGGGUUACCGUGGACGCUGGGCGGGAACGUAAGGUUGUGGCCAACGAAGUGUGGAGCCUAGUUGAACCGCUGGUCAUAAACAGAAUUGAUGAUCCUGUUGCAAAGUUGUGGAGUGAUAAAUUGUAAAUGCCAGGCAAAAAUCUUUGGAUUAUCAUUGUAUUCUAAUAUUAGAGAGUGGCUACAAGUACAUUCAAACAAUAUUACUGGGUGGCAUGGCACAUC